AUGGACCAACCCACACCCGUGAGCCAAUGGCGUGCUCACCCUCCCCUCUCCGGGGCGACACUGACACCGGGAAGAGCAACGUUGGCCUCCUCCCAGCGUGGGGGCAGCGGUGGCACCAGGAUCAGAGACGCUGACCAGUUCACACGCCUCUGUCCCUGUGACUCCGGCGGCACUCCCAGGCCGCCCUCCUCUGCACUUCAGUAUCUUCCCUGCACCUGCCCACUACAAGAGAGGGGCUCGCUGCUUGCUGCUCCCCAGUCUUGGACCCUGUCUGAAGGCCGCUUUGGCGCCAAAUCCCGAGAUGUGGCAGAACAUCGAGGAUGCAGCAUGGAGACCCCAGACCUACCUGGAAUUGGAGGGCCUGCCUUGCAUCCUCUUCUUCAGUGGGGUGGACCAGCUCAGGGAGUCCUUGUGUUACCACGGCCUGGCUCCAGGUGGCGCCCUUCACUGUCAGCUAUGGUUAUGAUCAACUCCUCAUGCUUGGCAAGAAUGGCCUUGGAGCAGGAGCUGGGCCUGGCCGCCCACUUUGUGAGCAGCGAGCUGCCCUUGGACAAGGGGCCCAGGAGCGAGGCCUUGGAGAGUGACACAGAGACGCUGAGCAACACGAACAAUGAGGAGGAGGAGCAGGGACUGAAGGUGAGGCCCGCCUGUCCCCCUGGGGUCCUUGCCACGUGGUCGUGGGGCUGGGAUCCUCCAGAGCAGCCCUCACUCAAUACACGUUUUGCUCCUAUGUUUUGGUGGGGUCAGUAGGAAGUCCCUGUGGGUUCUUUCUUGCCCUAGAACUCUUGGAGGCUGAGAAGGACGUUGAGGUUUCCUAGGGCUAGGUUGAGGCUUUGUUCCUAUUGUUAGCUGCAUUCCUUCCCGUGUUGGGCUCCCUCUUUCUCUGCCCCUACACCAACAGAGCCACCAUUGUGCUGUCCAUGACCACAGUUUGUGCGAGCUGGUUGGUCUCCUUUGCAGCCCCUUGCAGCCCGACACUGGGUCUCCCAUAGACCACACAAAUGAGAGUGGCAGAGGGUGUUUGGCUGUGGCCAAGGGGGAUGAGAAGAAGGCCAAGCACAUGAAAAAUACAAGGCCUUUGUGGAGUGGGAUGAGAUGGCUGCAGCGCCACCUGCUGACCACGUGGUCCUCCUCUGAGCUGCACUGCCUGGGUGGGAGCCUAUGGUCUGGGAGCACCCAUGGCCACCUCCACAUCUCUCAUUCUGCCACCUCCAUGCUCCAGCAGUGGGUAGGGGGAGAGGAGAUGAUGUGUGAAGGGCUGGGCAUGCAGCAGGGUCACAGCUGCCCAUGCCUUUCCAGCGCCUGUAUGCUUUGAAGCAGGCUCUACCUGGGAGUGAGUAAGCCUGGUGACAAUGGAAAGGCCCUGCUCCCAGGACUCAGCGUCCUCACCCCGUCCUCCACAGCGUCCGGUGAGUUCCCGUGCAGGGGUCCGAGCUGGGUGAGGGCUGAGGUUUCCAAGAAUGAAGACACAGGGAGGUGCUUUUCGCUGGCACUGGUGUAGCUCCAUGGGGUCCUGAAAAAGGAGGGAGACUCUGAAGACAUGGGUCCUCCAGGGAGCAGAACGGGAGUGAAC